CUUGUCGAUCCUUCCAAAACACGGCCGUGACGCGUAAUCGCGUAAUCGUAAAAUCCAUUUUGACAUUGAUGAAUGAUUCAAAUCCUUGAAGAAGCUAAGUAAUCCUUCCUCCAUAUCAGAUCUUCUCCUUCCGCUAAUCAGAUAAUCAAAGAUCUCGGAAUCAGUCACCAACGCUUCUUCACGAAGAUGAGUUUCCUCUUUGGCCGGAAGAAAUCGCCCGCAGAACUCCUGCGGGAGAACAAGAGGAUGUUGGAUAAAUCCAUUAGAGAAAUUGAAAGAGAAAGGCAAGGUUUACAGGCACAAGAGAAAAAACUAAUUGCAGAGAUAAAGAAAAGUGCCAAACAAGGGCAAAUGGGAGCUGUUAAAGUUAUGGCUAAGGACCUUGUUCGAACACGACAUCAGAUUGAAAAGUUUUAUAAACUAAAGUCUCAGUUGCAGGGUGUAUCUCUCAGAAUGCAGACAUUGAAAUCAACACAAGCCAUGGGAGAGGCAAUGAAAGGUGUGACAAAGGCAAUGGGCCAGAUGAAUAGGCAAAUGAAUCUUCCAGCACUGCAGAAAAUAAUGAUGGAAUUUGAGAUGCAGAACGAGAAGAUGGAAAUGGUAUCCGAGGUUAUGGGUGAUGCCAUUGACGAUGCUAUGGAAGGAGACGAUGAGGAAGAAGAAACUGACCAGCUCGUCAGUCAAGUCCUCGAUGAAAUUGGAAUCGAUAUCAAUUCAGAGCUUCUGAAUGCGCCAUCAUCAACUAUAACUGCCCCUUCUGCGAAGAAUAAAGUUGCGCAAACUGAAGAAGCAACAACGGCAAACAACGAUGAAACUGGGAUAGACAACGAUUUACAAGCCAGGUUAGACAACUUGAGGAGGAUGUAAAAUGACAAUACGUAAUAAUGCGCAUUUUUGCGUAUUUUUAAAAUGUUUGUGCUUCAUUUUGUUGAUUGUUAUUUGAUGUAAGCCAACAUUAUUAUGAUCCAUUUGCUUUAAUGGAAAUGUGACGAUUUCAAAUCUUUC